AUGUGGGCAGCCAGGUACAAUGUUGAGAAAAUUAUUCAAUUCUUGGUCGAAAGGGGUGCUUCUCUCGAGAUCCAAGAUGGCGAUGGUUACACGCCAUUGCACCAUGCUGCGAUGGGUGGCAAAGAAGCUAACAUUGUAUGCUUAAUUAAACUCGGAGCAGAUAUAUUGAAAAAGAGUUAUCGGCGCUAUUCGCCAGUUCACUUGGCCUGUAUUGAUGGUCACAAAGAAGCCGUCCGUCUUCUUCUAGGCCAUGGAGCAGAAGCAUCAAGAGAAGGGGGUUUUAUGGUUGGAUCUCCUUUCACGUCAGCUGCACGCAACGGUCACCUUGAAAUCGUUCAGCUACUAGUAGAAAGUGGAGUUCGUGUGAAUAAGCGCUCAGUCGUGGGUUGGUCGGCUCUACAUGAGGCUGUUGCAGGAGGCCAUAUUCAUGUUGUGAAAUAUCUGCUUGAGAAAGGUGCAGAUAUUCAAGCCAUUACCACAUACACCCGAAAGGGCAAAGAAUAUCACCAAUCUGUUCUCCACUUGGCCACUAGUCUGGAAAUGUUCCGUUUACUGAUUGAAAACGGUGCUGACAUUAAUGCGCUAGAAGACUUUCAGUACCCAACUCUUCAUGUAGCAGCAAAAUUGGGCCAUAAUGACAUUGUAGACUACCUUUUAAAUCAGGGUGUCAAUGUCAACUUACGCAUUGAUCACUCUAGAUUGUCAGCUUUGACUUGUGCUAUUAAAGGGGACCAAGAUGCCACUCUUAAACUUUUGAUUGAGAGAGGUUGCUCUGUCGACUAUUGUGAUUCAUGUUUAUCGACAUUAUCAGCCGGAAAAGGCUUUAUAGCUGUUUUCGAACUUCUUCUAAAUAGAGGAAUAUCUGUGGAUACGAUGGAUAAAAAUGGAAAAACACCUCUUAUUGCCGCAGCUGAGGCUGGGCAGGCUGACAUGGUUGAAUUUCUCCUAGAUCGAGGUGCCAGCAUAAAUGGUACUCGUAACGAAUUUAAGAAACUUAGUGAUGAGGGGUAUGCAAGUCAGGGUAAACACAAAUCAAGUUUCCCUUUAUACCAUGCAUUGAAGGCAGGUCACAUUGAAGUUGCUCAG